AUGCUUUCUUUUGUCCUAACAGUCACGCCCCCAUCACACACGCACCAAAAGCCUCGCUCGCGCACAGCUGCGCGCACACACUCAUUCACAUACACAGAGCGGCAGGUGGACGAGGCGCGCACACACACACCAUGGCGGCAGGCACAGCAGCGGUGCCCGGUGGCCGAAAAAAGAGGGAUGCUUUAUGGUCCUACUUCAGAUACAGUCCAAGUGACAAUAAAACGCAAUGUCUUGUACGGGGACGGGGAGACGAGACAGAAGACAGUUGUGGAGCAACAGCUUCCUCAUGCUGCGGCUUCAAACUGUCGGGAAAGAACACCACGAACCUCAAAAGGCACCUUUUCGUCGACUAAAACUAGACUAAAACCUUUUGAGUUUUCGUCGGACUAA